AGGAGAACGAGAUGAAGAAGAAAUUCAAAAUCACCGGACAGGAGGUUGCCAUGUACCAGGCCAAAGUAACUGUGACCAACAAGGGACGCAAGAACAAUCUGCCCGUCAACAGCGGAGACAUCGUCGGCAUCAUCCGGACAAACAACUGUCCCAAAGGGAAGUGGCUGGCCAGGGACAGCAGCAACAACUAUGGCUACAUUGCGGUGGAUCAUGUGGAGCUGGACAUCAAGGAGAUGCUGGAUCUGGGAAGGAAGGCCACGGUCACUCGCAGGAGCAGCAACAACAACGUCAUCGAGGAGGAGGUCACGAGCACGGGGAGCAGGGCCUCAAACCACUAUCCAAUAUCAGCGGAAAGCUUCACAGACGACAGCGAGGAGUGGACCGGUGAAGAUGAAGAACCUCUCUCUCCUGCCCCUGAACCUGAUUAUCCAAUGGUUUCAAUCGGACACAACAGGAUGCUCUCAAUGCCAGACAUGGGAAACAAAGACCUGAGCGUAAACCACGUUCACAGUCAAAGUGACAUCAGCGCAGACGGCACUAAUGUCCAAGCAAGACAUGAAGCCCUUCAGAAGUUGGCCACAUUUUUUCACUCACCAGAACCUGAGAAGCCAGCUGCCAGCGGCACUAAACCAGAGACAAGUCCUGUACUCUUGGAUGUGGAAGAAGUUCCCCUAGACACUGAACCAGAGACAAGUCCCGUGCUCGUAACGGAGGAAGAAGUUUCCUUGCCUCAAGCUGGUUCAACACAGGAAAUGGAUUUCGAUGUCACUGAUAUGAUUAUUUUUCCCCCUCCUGACCUGUAUGCCGACUUAACCUUUGAGUAAUUAUCCUGAAGCCGGACAAAAAGCCACCAGGCAGAGGAAACAGGACUUGUCUAUGUUGUUGUUCUUCACACUGUGAAGACCUCAUACUGUGACAGUAACUUCAUCAAUAACACGAGGAAGAACAGGAGCAAGACGAGGCGGUUUCCCCCACGAGCGAUGCCAAUUUCAGCCGCUUGAACUCUUUAUUUUAUUUUCUGAAGCAGCAGAGAGGGACGGUUUUCCUGGUGGCUCUGAGUGACCUUGAACCUUAAACCAACGGGAGCUGCUGAUCCAAGGAAAGGACGUACAAACUGUUACAGACAAUUACACACUUCAUAUGAAAAUGUGGGGCGAUUGUGGCUAAGUGGAUAGCAGGGCCCUCUUUCAAUCAGAGGGUCGGCGGUUCGAACCCCGGCUCCGCUAGUCGCAUGUCGAUGUGUCCUUGAGCAAGACACUUAACCCCAAAAAAAUUGCUCUCGUAGCUGUGCCUAAGGUGUAGAAAUGUGAUAGACUCUGAAUUGUAAGUCGCUUUGGAUAAAAGCGUCUGCUAAAAUGACUGUAAUGUAAAAAAAAAAAAAAUGUAAAAAUACCAGACAUAUAUUUAAAGUGGUAGAAAUAAAGUGGUGAAUGUGAAAUGAAAAUUUUCCAUCAGACCAGGGUAUUUCUCAGGUUGAGACACCAUCCUGAGGAAAUACACAACACAACACAGGCAGUACAAAACAGGGAGGAUUGUUUACUUAUCAUUUUCAUCCAUGUUUUUCUCUAAAGAUCAAGUCUUUCUUCUGUCAGGUUGUUCUUCAGGAACAGUUUUUGUCCUAAACACUUGUUACCAGUUUACAGUGUUGGUGGCAAAAGAGUAAAUGGCAAUAUACGUAGCUGAUGAACAAAGACUUAAAGGAGCAGUGUGUAGGAUUUAGUGACAUCUAGUGGUGAGGUUGUAGAUUGUAACCAACUGAACACCCGUCCACCUCACCCUUUCCAAGUAUUUUGGAGAACUACUGUGACCUUUAGGUAACGUAAAAACCAGGCGGCAACCUCUGUUUCUGAAAAGUGAAGUCAAUGCUGACGUGUCUUAAAAGCUGUAUUCUCU